ACCAUUUGAAGAAAAGUAUUUAUUUAACAAAGUGAACGAAAAUCAAGCCACCUAUUAUCAUUACGAUUGUGUUGGCACCCUAGAAGACUAUCGAUAACACGUGUCCGGCCAGCCCUGGGCGCAACAGCUGAUCGCUACACGUGAUUGGGGCUGUUGUUGCAGCUGUCGGCUCUCUAUUGUUGUUGUUGUUGCUGUUGCGUGUCCGAGUUGCCUUUCAAAAGUUAAAAUUUAACUUAACACAAAAAACGAACAUGCGUGUACACUUUUAAAGCCAUACCCCCGCUGCACCGUAACUUCGCACAACCCGGAACUACCUCAAACCGCAACAGCAACUGGAUCCGCAACCGGAUCCGCAACCGCAUCUUUGGACACCUGAGGAAUAUGGCUGGACCGCUGCUGACGAAGGUCUUCUAACAACAACAAAACAAUAACAAGCGGGACACAGACGUGGACAUUGCCUUGAGGACUCCAUGCAAUCGAUGCGCUGCUGUUCGGCCCGCGGCCUCCUGCUCUCCAGCGCCGUUCGCGGCCCAAGUCCGCGCAGUCUUCGCAUCAGUUGGCCCCGGAGGAGCGGUGUUGGUGGCGGUGAAACAACACCAGGAGCUGGAGUUGGAGCCGGAGUGGGAGCUGGCGCAGCAGGAGCCCUGCAAAAGCUACGCGAGUUGCAUGCAAUUGCGUUUAGCAGCCGUUUCCUGCUCUUCACCAAUGUGGGCAUCUCACUGACGCUCAGCUGUGUGGGCGAUGUGCUCGAACAGCAUUUUGAGAUCUAUUGCAAGGAGAUCGAACGCUUCGAGUCCACCCGCACCGCCCACAUGGCAAUUAGCGGUGUGACGGUGGGCGUGAUAUGUCACUAUUGGUACAAAAUGCUGGACAGGCGGAUGCCCGGUCGCAGCAUGCGUGUGGUGGCCAAGAAGAUUGUGCUCGACCAGUUGAUCUGUUCGCCCAUCUACAUCUCUGCGUUCUUUGUCACGUUGGGAUUGCUGGAACGGAAGGACAAGCAUGAAGUGUGGGAGGAGAUCAAGGAGAAAGCCUGGAAGCUCUACGCCGCCGAAUGGACCGUGUGGCCAGUGGCGCAGUUCGUCAACUUCUACUGGAUACCCACGCACUACCGCAUCUUCUAUGACAACAUAAUCAGUCUCGGCUACGAUGUCCUCACCUCCAAGGUGAAGCACAAGCAGUCACAUCCGCACCUCAAGAAGCUACCCUAGCCCUACGCCCCGCUCUGCCUUUUUUUAACUAUUUAUUUCAAAGCCCAACUCCUUGUAAAUAUAGACGAGUCAAUGUUGUACAGACCAAGCAA